UGUGGUUCAAGCUCCAGUAUAACCGGGAGCACCAUCUAGAUAAAAAUAAUUGAAAAUGAUUGGAAAGAUUCCCGUCAUUAAUUACCAUCCAAAAUUUUCAGGAAUGAAUAACAUGCGGUUCUCUGGAUAAGAUUGAUGGUCCCUUUGCUUGAAAUAUCCAAUAUUUUCAAACAGUAUUAUAAGAUAGUUAAGAAGAAAAUAUUGAAUUGUGUUCUCAAGUAUCUCAUUUCUAAAAAAAUAUGGCGAAUUUAGAUACUCUUCCGGUAAUUCGAAACUUAAAAUUAGAUAAGAUUUAAAACUUUUGUCAGAUAGAACCACCAUUUUCAUUAGAAUUUCUCAACUUGACAUAAAGGUAGAAAAGGUGAACCAUAAGGAAAUCACAUUUGCAAAAGUGAUCAAUUACAGAUUUUCAGCGAACAUCUUCUGAAUGGCAUGAAAACAUUUUUUUUUUGCAGCAUGGCCCAAGAACCCUUCAGGUUUCCUCCGCAAUACUAUGAAAUAUGUUCUUCCAAUGGCAGGAGAAAACGCACAAAACGUUGGUUCUGCAACACAACACCCAGUCCACAAGCAACAGAUCCGUAUGAUAUACAAAACGAUACUGUAUCAUCAUCUGAAGAUUCUCCGCAGAAGAUAGAUGCUAAUCGAGAUUUGAAUAACAACUCAGAUCCAGUCGAGAAUAUAGAAUCUCCAGUCGAUAAUGAAGAUAAAGAUGCUUCAUACUGCCCUGAAAGUGACAUUUCCUCGGAGAUCUCCAGUGGUUCUCCUCGUCUUAUUUGCACACCGCCGUCUUCUGAGAAUUCCGAUACAGAAGAGUGCUUAGGAAUGAAUUCUGAAGCUAAAGAAGCAAGAUCUUCUCAUCAUCAGAGUGUGGAGAAUGCAGAAAAAAUAUCGCCCAGUUUUGCCAAUCAAGAAAGCGAAAUAGGUCAUGAAAUAUCUACAUCACAUAAUCCAGACGAUGUUGUGAUUUCUAAAAAAAGCGUCUUUUGUGCAUUUUGCGAAUCAAUUGUCCAAAACUUUCCGCGCCAUUUAGAAAGAAACCACAAAAGUGAACAUGAAGUUCAAGCACUUCUUGCUGUGCCACCAGGAAGUAAAAAGAGGAAGGAAAUAUUGGUGUCUCUCAGAAAAAAAGGUCAUUACCUGAUCAGCUCGCAAAAAACAAAACCUAUGAGAAAAGGUGAUAUGAACACCAAUUAUUUGCCAUGUGAAUACUGCUUGGGCUUUUAUUCUUCGCGGAAUUUGUGGAGACAUAAGAAAACUUGUCAUAAAAAUCCAACUCAAGGCAGUUCCCAAAAGAAUUGCAAAUCGAUGGCACAAAACUAUCUACUUCGUCAUAUAAAGGUGGACACAAAAUUGAGAAAUGAAGUUUUCCCACGUAUGCGAGCUGAUGAGGUAUCACUCACGGCAAAGAAAGAUCCUCUCAUUUGUGCGUUUGGAGCAAGAUACCUUAAAAUACAUAGGGAGAAACAUUUCGCUCUAGUCACAUCGAGAAAGAUGAGAGAAAUAGCUCGACUGCUCAUUGAAAUGAGAAAAAUUAAAACAUCUAUCAAAGAUCUUUUGAGUGCACUCAAACCGGAAAACUAUGAUGUCCUAGUACAAGCCACUGAGAAUAUCUCGAGGUAUGAUAAAAACAGCCAACGUUUUGCAUCUCCCACUCUUGCACUAAAUAUGGGCACCACACUGAAACAGUGCUGCAAUAUAGCAUUGGUACUUACAAUAAAAAAGUCAUUUCCUUCAGUACAAACGGCUAACUUCGAAUCCGAUCUGAGAACAUUAAUUCAACUAAUUGAAGGCAAUUGGAAAUUUGACGUCUCAAGCCAAGCUGCAAACGAUUUGAACAUUCAAAAGUGGAACAAGGUUAGUUUAGUACCACUGGCUGGAGACUUAAAACUUUUGAAAAAUUGUCUGCUCAAAAAGGCCGAAGAAGCAAUUUUGAAUUUGAAUACAAAUAAGGAUGCGAAAUCAUACCUCAAUUUGUUGGAAACAAUUUACUGUAGAUUAGUUUUAUUGAAUAGACGAAGACCUGGAGAACUUCAACGACUUUCUUUAGAAACUUUUAGAACUGCUAUGCAAAAUAAUAACAGUCAACAUUAUGAAGAGUUUUCUGAAGCAAUAUCAGAAAGCGAAAAAUUACUGAUGAACAAAUUUAAGAGAAUUGUCAUGAGAGGAAAGAGAGGUAGGGGUGUACCAGUCCUCAUAAGUCUGGAUGUUCAAGAGCAUUUCGAUAUAAUUUUAUCAUAUAGGGAUAAAUUUUUCAAAAGUUCCAAUGACCAUCUUUUCGGCAAUCCAUUCACUGAUACACCUAUUAUUGGUUACAAGGUACUGAGAAAGUAUGCAAUUCUGAGUAAGGCCAAAAAUCCUGAUGCCUUAACAUGUACCAGAUUAAGAAAGCAUUUGGCCACAUUGACACAGUUGUUCAACAUGAAUGAAAAUGAUAUGGAACAACUAGCUUCAUUUAUGGGUCAUACAUUAGGAAUUCAUCGGUCAUCGUAUAGACUCCCUGAUGACGUGUAUCAAACGGCAAGAAUAUCAAAGCUUCUUAUUCUAAUGGAAAAAGGUGAAGCUGGCCAAUUCAAAGGCAAGUCAUUAGAUGAUAUUGACCUGAAUUUAGAAGAAGAUUUAGUAGAACCAGAAAAUAACAUAGAGGAAAGAACAAGAGAGUUAUCGGAGGAAAAUGAAAACGAUGACACAGUCGAAGAUAUAUCUGAAAUUACAGAGAAGGAGGAACCACAAAAAAAGAAAAAAGAUGGAAAAAGAGUUCUCAUUCCUUGGACCACAGCUGAAAAAAAAGUUGUCCUUGAAUACUUUAAGAACCACAUUAGGAAUGAGAGACCUCCAAAGAGAGGGGAGUGUGAGGACCUCAUUUCAAAAAAUAAGGAAAUAUUAAAAAAUAGAAACUGGCUGAAAAUUAAGGUGUUCGUUCAGAAUCAGUAUAAAAGGAAGUGAUCGAUAUUACUGACAAGUUUUCAGGAUUUCUGUCCAGAAUUGAUCUCUUUAUUUGUUUCAGUUUCAAAAUAUGAAAUGUCAUUAAAGGAAAUAUUUUUAUUUUGUGCAAUAAAUCAGUUUUAGCUCCAACCUUGUACAUUAAUCGAUUUCCACUCAGCUCAGCCGAUAUUUCUUAAUUCUAUAGUUUGAGAGAUUUCUUCUUGUGCGAUAGAAAUAUUCGAUGCGUCAUGAAUAUAGAAGCUAGGCAUCGAGAUGCACUGAAAUUCAAUUCUAAUUCAUUCAUUAUUAUUAUUAUUCAUUAUAAGACUUCUUCAUACACACAUGAGUAAACUCCUUUUUUGUCACAAAUUUUCAUAACCAUGAAAUUUAUUGACCAUGAAAUUU